GCGCGGUGACGGUGGCUCUCCCCUGCUUCGGGGAGUGAGAUGGGGGCGGUGCGGUUGCUGCAGCGGAAGUUUCACAGGUGAGCGAGCGGCGUGACGGCUCCUCACUCGCGGCUCUGAUGCCGGAGUGAAGCUCCGGGACGGCGGCGACGGUGACACUCAUCUACCUUGUCCGGUAUAAUUCCGCCUAUGUUGCAGCCUCAUGUCUGGUCACCUCUAUGGUUUACCUGAAGGAAAUGAUUCUAUGAGCUCCCUUCGCAUUUCCAUUGGUGGUCUUCCUGUUAUAGCUUCCAUGACAAAAACAAGAGACUCUCGUUUUCACCUGAAAUGGAAGGCUAUACUAGUAGUUGCUGUCACUCUUUUCAUACUGUACAUGGUAUAUUUUCACAAGAGUUCCCCAAAUAAUCCUUAUCUACGAAAUGUCCACAACUGGCAGAUUGAUAAUUUUCCAAGGGACAGGUACAACGAUACUUACCCUCUUUCGCCCCCACAGAAAACCCUGGAAGGCGUCCGAUACCGUAUCGGGCUGAUUGCUGACCUGGACACAAGCUCAAAGAAUGAAUUGAACAGUGAUACUUGGGUCAGUUACUUAAAGAAGGGCUACCUGAUUUUAUCAAACAGUGGUGACAAAGUGACUGUAGAAUGGGACAAAAAUGAUUCAAUCCUCAAAACGCAUUUGUCAGAAAAAGGACGUGGCAUGGAAUUGUCGGAGCUAAUAGCAUUUAAUGGAAAGCUUUACACUGUGGACGACAGGACAGGAGUAGUAUAUGAUAUUGACGGGGAUAAGGCUGUCCCUUGGGUAAUCCUAUCUGAUGGUGACGGGACUGUUGAGAAAGGCUUCAAAGCUGAAUGGUUGGCAGUAAAAGAUGAGCACCUUUAUGUAGGUGGACUUGGUAAGGAAUGGACGACCACCACAGGAGAGGUAGUCAAUGAAAAUCCAGAGUGGGUUAAAGUUAUUGGCCACAAAGGUGAUGUAAAUCAUGAAAACUGGGUGCCUCACUACAAUGCCCUCCGCACAGCUGCUGGGAUCAAAUCUCCAGGAUAUCUGAUUCACGAAUCUGCUGCCUGGAGUGAUCGGCUGCAACGCUGGUUCUUUCUGCCACGGAGAGCCAGCAGUGAACGCUAUAAUGAAAAAGAUGAUGAGCACAGAGGAACAAACCUCAUUAUUAAAUCUACUCAAGAUUUCAAAGAGGUCUUGGUGAGCAAGAUUGGAGAGGUUAACCCAACACGUGGAUUCUCCUCCUUCAAGUUCAUUCCUGAUACAGACGAUCAGAUCAUUGUGUCGCUGAAAUCUGAGGAAGAUAAUGGGAAAAUAGCUACUUACAUUAUGGCUUUUACUUUAGAUGGACACUUCCUUUUAGAGGAAACAAAAGUGGCUGACAUAAAAUAUGAAGGAAUAGAAUUCAUAUAAGAUUCCUCCUGAUCGAAAGUGCAAGGAUCUGGAUCAAAGUGCUACUGCUUCCAAGAAUAUUCAGAAAGGCAUUUCCCAAUGUUGGUUUCCUCUUUACAAUGGUUCUUGGUUGCUUUUGAUCUGAAGUUGUGUUCUUUUGUAAUACCCUCUUUGUUUACAUUCAAGAAACUGAAUCUGAGAUAUUGCAAAAUUAGCACUUCUGCACUCUUCCUGAAGAUAAGGAAGAUAUUUUUCAAAUUUUCUUGUCAUAAUUAAAAAUAUAUACCUGGGAUGUUGCCUUGUAUUUACAUGCCAUAAAAUCUGCAAUCAUGCCACAGUUUACUUGUCCCCUUUCCUACAAACUCAAAUCAAUACUGAUUGCUUUGUUAAUCUGUGAAUUUGUUAACUUCAAAUUUAAUGAAGUUGCAUAUGUUGGAACAAGAAAGAAUUGGUAAAAUGACUAUCUCACAUGGGUAGAAUAUCAAAGUAAUUUGCAGGAUAAAAUUUCAUUAAUAUCAGUGACUUUUUUAAAGGAAAUCCUGAACUCCACCAGCAUGUUUUUUUUUAAUAUUUGUACAUGGGAAAUGAGUGUCACUGGCUCAGCCAGUAUUGCCCCAUCCUUUAUAAAGCAUGCAGUACUUUACCAGCUACUUCGACUGUGCUGUUCCAGAAUUUUAACACAGCAGCAAAUAAGGAAUAGCAAAAUAUUUUUAAGUCAAGAUAUGUUACUUGAAGCUGGUAAUGUUCUCAUGAGCCUAGAGCCAUGACAGUUUGUGGGUGUGCUGUUGAAAAGCCUUGGUGAAUUGCUGCAUGCAAGUUGUAGCUGAUGUAGCCUGUAUCUGGUGGUGAAAGGAAUGAAGUUUAGGUGGUGGAUGAAGUGGCGCUCAAAUGCACUGAUGUAAUCGAGAGAGUGGUGAGCAGCUUCCAUUUUGUUGGAGCUGGAAUCAUCCAGGCAGGGUGGGGAAUAAUGGUGUGCUCAGUUUUAAAAUUAAAACCUAACCCAAUAGUGGCCAACCCAAAUGUGAUCAAAGCCAGGGCACAUGUUUUUCAUUCAUGGCCUGAUCAUUGCUGUAAAUAUAAUAAUCUCGAAUGUGCAAUUGAAACAGAAUGUGUGUAUUCUUGAUUUCCAAUUAAAACAUAAAUGAAGGAGCAAUACUCAAAGAAGCAUUUAAAGAAAAAAGUCUUCUGAUGGCUUAAGAACACUCCUGUGCUGCCAGUGCACCUUGCAGUCAUGGUGAAAUUGCUCUCACUGCUGCCAGAAUGCAAUGUAUAUGUCUAACCAGAGUUGGGAACUAGUGGUAUAUAACAGUGUAUCCAUUUCACCAACCCAACAUAUCCCACUCUGUCUCCAUCACAGAGACCUCUGUAUUGAAUGCUGCUGCAAUUCGCAUGUAUCCCAUUCUUAAUAUGUAUUCUUCCACCCAACAAGUUAAUGAAGGCUGCCUUGGCAUAGCCUGAACCCAAUUGCUUGUUUCACAGGGAAAAUGUCUUUAAAGCCUGUUCACUUCAGAAUACUUUAGGUAGACAACAAUCAGAACUGAUUAAGUCCAGGCAAACAUUGCUCUCUUGUGCAGGUCACUCACUUCCACUUUCUUCUCAAGCCAUUAACUGGUCCAUUGACAAUUGUUUGCAUUGGUGUAUCAGAAGAAAGUAGCCUACAAUUUUGUUUGACCAUUGAUAUUCCCAGAAGCUCAAGUUCUCUUUGAGCUUUGUAAAAUGCUCAGGAAAUCCACCAAAAAUUGCAACAUUGCAGGAUUGUUUUCCAAUCUGUAGUUUUCUCCAUGCUGAUUAAUGUCUUUUGCAGCUCUUGAUUACUCUCCUGAAUUGCUUUGUAUCCUGUUACUUCCAUCUGGUUUACGGUUUUAGACAAAUUUGCUGCAAGGCUGCACUUUUUCCUCUACUCAACCAAGGAUUUUGCAUCUUUUAUAGCUUCUUCAACAUCCUGGAGCCUCAAGUUAAUACACUUUGGAAGACACAGUCAUGUAUUCAUGGACCUGACAAUUCAGGCAGUGAUUUUUUUUUUAGUCCCAGAUCAAGUACAAUUUCUGAUCUGCUACCCAGACUCAUUUAUUUAAAUUAGCUGGGUCAAAUUCAAAGUAUUCACCAACAUCUUUAAAAUACAAUUCCCGAUGUUUAUGCCAGAACUUGCAUUGGGGCUAUUGAGAUUUUGACUGGGUUUAAAUUCUGGUACAAUGUAAUGGCAAGUCAUUGCCAACUGAUUGAUUUUAUGGUGGGCAUUCCUUAUGUCAGUUCCCACAGUCACAUCCUUCAGCAUAUCUUUACUCUGAGAAAUCUAUUCUUUGAUUAUUUUCUUCCACUUGAAGUUGUACUCUAGAUUGAGUAACAUUCACAUUGACAAGCUGUUGUGCUAACUUGAGAAGCACUUCCAGAGAUGGUUUGGAAGACUGGAAUAUCCUUAAUAGCAGAGGCUUGUAUAUUUGUCUAUAAUUUCUGAUUUCUUGUAAGCAGUUAUAUUUUUAAUCAGUUUGUUAAAAUGAUGUGAUGUACAACUAACUAGGCUCUGCUGCAGGUUGAGUACAUCCUUUUCAAACAUGAAUUGCCCCUUUUUCUGCUGUCAUAUUUCAGUGGUUUGCAAGAUUCCUCUAAACAAAGCCACGUUAACUCUUUAACAUCACGCAAAUCGACAGAAUAAAAAUGUUUCCCAACAAAAGAGUCAUCCUUUCCGGCUACAGAGUUGUAAUCUGCAAAACAUAUCCAAUGAGAACUAUUUUUGUACCAUCAGGAUUCAUUCAUGCUUCACAUCGUGGAGAGUCUCUCUAUUGUAUUUUGCAGGAUAAACCACCAUGAACACAGACGUAUUACACACAACAUACCUUGUACUUCAUGCUCUUCUUACGUGGAAUAGUUCUAAUGAAGCCAGAAUUCAAUUUUGGUGGUAUUUGCACACAAGAAACAAGACUUGCUAAAAUGUAUUAAUAAUGCAUUUAUUUAUAAUGUACUGAGCCAUCCAAGCAUUAACCAACUCAAACUUGAAUGUAUGACACAAUAUAUACCCCCGCCCAAACCUGACACAUACAGUUGGGCUCAAGUUAGGGAGCCAGGCUUUGGUGGAGAAUAUUCCACCACUGUCCCAGUUUAUGCCUUCUACUUAUUGAAAGGUUUCGGAGAGUAAGAAAGUAAGACACUGAUAAGUUCUGACCUACUCGAUGUAGUUAACCAAGUAAGGCUUCAACCUACUCUUCCUCCAUUCACCCCUCCUCCAAAGAAGAUGGUGUAAGAUUCAGUAAGAGUAUCACCAUUGAAUGCCAAGAUACCAGAAUAGAUGCUCUUGAAGAUCUUUUAAGUAGCUUUCAAUAUACUGUGCUUUUGUAUGUGUAUUUAAUAUUUGGCGUUGCACUCUCUCAAAAGUAAUGAUGGAGCUUUUCUGCCGGGUUUCCAGCAGAAAAGUUUUUCCAGCAUAGUUUGUCCAAUAUCAUCCAAACCAGUGCAAAUGAUCACUGAAAUUGAACUGAUUUUUCAAACAUGGAUUAUAGUGCAUACCCGGAAUACUGUGUACGAUUUUGGUCUCUUUAUCUUUUAAAGAAUAUGCUUGUCUUGAAGGCACUGAAAUAAAAAAAACUACAUUGAUAUUUGGGGUUAGAGGGGUGUCCUGUGAAGUAAAAUUGUGAGCCUAUUACCUCCGGUUCAGAAGAAUGGAAAUAAUCCCAUUAAAAAUCUGCAAGCAAAGAGAUUGCUUCAGACUAUUGAAUCCAGAAUUGAAGGCAUAGUCCUUGGAUAAAGGAUCAGCCAUUUAGGAUUUUGGUUCGUCUCCAGAGGGUUGUGAACUUUUUGAAUUUUAUAUGUUAAAAGGCUGUGCUUGCUCAAUCAUUAAAAGUGUUUGUAAUCUAUGAGAAAUGAGGGAUAUAGGGAUUCGACGUGAAAGUGGAGUUGAGGUAAAAGCGUUGCCAAAAUCUUGACCAAUGGUAGAGGAGGUUCAAAGGGCCAUGCAGUCCAUUCCUCCUAUUUCCAAUAGAUAACAUACGUGUUGAAGAAUUAAAUAUUUAAAUCUUUAGAUCGAAUUUUUUUGUGAAAGCAAUGAAACUACUAACUGGUUCUACAUAGUUUAAGUAAUAUUCUGUCAUAUCAAAUUGAAUUACUUACAGGUGAUAGAUGAGAAAAUCAUGUGUAUUCUUUGUGAUUAAACCAUUUUAUGCUCAAUAAGUACACCAGGUUACUUAUUUACCAUACAGCUUGUUCAUGUUAGCGUAAUGCUUUACAGCACCAGCGACCCGGGUUCAAGUCUGGCCACUGUCUGUAAGGAGUUUGUAUGUUCUCCCCGUGUCUGCGUGGGUUUCCUCCAGGUGCUCCGGUUACCUCCCACAUUCCAAAAAGACAUGCAGGUUAGGAAGUUAUGGGCAUGCUAUGUUGGCACCGGAAGCAUGAUGACACUUGCGGGCUGCCCGCAGAACACCCUACGCAAAAUGAUGCAUUUCACUGUGUUUCGAUGUACAUGCAACUAAUAAAGAUAUCUUAUGUUUGUUUGCAGCAUAUUUUGCAUCAGUGAGAGGUAAGUUAAAGUGAAUCUUGCACCAUAACACUUAAGAAAGAAAGCACAAUUUGUACUACAGCUUGCAGUCAAAGUAAAAAUCCUACCCCAGUAUCAUCUUUAUUUUGACUUGAAUUUAAGACUCUGGAAAUUGUAUUAAGAUGGUUACGGUUUAAGUUCUUUUGAGUUAUGGAAUAGAUCAUGUCUAUCACCAGGUUGAAUCACCUUAUUAGAUUGAUGUGAAAAUACAUUUAAGUCUUAUGGUAAGUCAGUAGUAGUGGUUGUCUACUGGUUGAUCAAUUUUAAUUUUGGCUUCUGUAAUUCAAGUAAUGGUUAUUGCCAUAGGCUAUUGUAUCUUUGUCUUUCAAUACGGUAAAAGGAAUUUUUAAUAUUAUUCACUGGAUCUUUAGACAAGAAUGGUUUGUGAAAAAGGCACUGGGAAUUUUUCAAGAAAUGUGUUUACCUAAAAUUAAAGUUCAAUAAUAAAAAGAGAGAGUGACCUAUACAUAGAUGUGACUUGUUCACCAGUUCUGCUCUAAUUUCUCCUGUAUUUGAAACAAAAGAAUGUAUGGUUGACUUUUUUUUGAAUGGCUUCAUGUAAUUGUUCAUGCCUACACCAAUAAAUCUACAUCCAACAA